AUGGGUUUCAGAGGGGAAGUACACGAUCCGCUGAAGGAACCGACAUGGAAAUUUUACCGUAUGCUAUCAUUUUUGGAUGACAAAGAGUCGAAACGCUUGUCAAAUGAUCAUCCGAUUUUCGACAUUGCUGCAUUACAACGGGAUCAUGGGUAA